CAUCCAUAUCAAAUAACGUUUAAAACAUGAAAUUUCGACUUCCAUGAAACGCCAACUGGUAAAGGGUAGUAUCAUGCCUAUAAAUAGCCGUAAAAUUGUAUCAUACAAACACAACAGCUACCUGCGCUGCUUAAACAGACAAACGAUGGGUAUUUUUGAAGAUCUAUUUUAUCCCGACAACCCUAAAAGAAGGGCUAAAUUGGAACAAAACAUAGGGGCACUCUAUAACAACCUAAAUAUAUAGAUGUGACGGCCACAAACGAUAUUGUCGACAUAAUUAACACACACUUACAAGGCAACAUUAAACACGUUUCCAUUGAUAAUGAUGACACAGUGAAGGCUAACGCUCAACGCAUUUCUGAAUGUGUCGAUGCCAUCAACAAAUUAUCAAACAAAAGCUCGAAGAUAUUAAAACAAGAUUUGAUCCGAAUAUUUUCAAGAUGCUCAUGGAUGUAUAUGUUUCGUUUGAAGAAAAGAUCAAACUUGCGGAAAAAUUUGCGGAGUCGCUCCUGCCAAUAGGAGGUGUGGUUGGAGUAUUGUCUUGCUCAACAAUAGCAGGAAUGGAUUUCCUAGAGGGUGUUGUUGAGGUAGUCGGUGAGACGGCCGCAUCUGCUUUUGCUGCUAUAGGAGUUGGCGCGUUAUUUCUGGGUAUUGACAUGAUAGCUGAGGCAAUUAUUGGGGCCGUAGAAAGGGACAAACUAAAUGAAGAGAUUGACAAAACAGAGAAAUGUGUCGAGCAUAUGCAGAAAAUGACUGGACCGUACAUAGCUUAUGUGGAGGAGAUCAAAGUGAGAAUUGAGAUGAUUAAGCCAAAGAAAAACUAGAAUAAUUUUGGGAAACAAACGAUGUAAGAUAUCAUCAAAUGUGAACCUUUGACCUUUCGAAUAUCAAAUCGUGAAAUGUGAAAUAUGACUAUAGUUGUCCUUUUUCAUUAAGCUAAAUUAAAAUUGUUCAUCUUUAGCGUAUCAGUAUAAAAAAUUAUCUUUCUUUGUUUAAAUCUUCAUUACAAUCACUUUAAUGGGUUACGUUUUUAUCUUGUAUGUCUAAUAAUGCCUUCGGCAAACAGAAUAAAGAAAUUAAAAUUAAA